CUAGGAGAAACUGAUAAUAGGCCUACUAAGCUGCAUAACUUGUGUCUUGGCUGCCCUUUACGGCAUAGACUGAGCUAACUAUCAGCUUUAACUCGUCGACGGCCUGUCCACUCUAAGCUCCACUUCGUCGAGAAUUUCUUACAAACCAAUUCAACGGUCAACCCGUCAUCGUCAACCACUCGUCCGUCUUGUUACAUAACUUUCGGGGGGCGUUUUUUGUUUGAAGAACACUAAUUCCCGGUAUUCAGGUCCCUUACCUAGGACAAGCCUUAUUUUUAUACGUAAUACAUUGUGUCUACCACAGGCUCUCACCUACAAUCCUUUCCGUACCACCGGAGUUGGUUUAGUCAUGAAUGCAAAGAGCCAUAACAAGAGGCCAUAACUCGCUUAAUCAAACGAUCCUAACCCCCUGCCUGCCGCAGAAUCUCCAUACUUCCAAUACCGCCUCUUCCGGCAGUGUGAACACGGGGCACAGAGAAAAGCCACCAAACAUCCUUCUCGAGGUAGGCUCUAGAGCUUGCCGAUCCUCGUAGGUGGGUAGGUAGGUAAUGGCUACACCGAAAUCCUGCCAUAACUGCCGUGUGCGUCGUCGACGCUGCGACCGCUCAGUCCCCGUAUGUUUCAAGUGCGCGAGCACCGGGCAGGAAUGUCUUGGGUACGGCAAGCUGUUUAAAUGGGUCGACAAGAAAGCAGGGCCGGGGAGCCGGACGAUUAAUAAGGAGCUUCCGGCCGGGCCAAAGCCAAGCAGCCGUGAUACCACCCUAGAUGUCGAAAUCUUCUCCGGUAGGGCAACCUACCCCCUGCUAGACCCGCUAUUUCAGGAUCUAGAUUCGUCGACGCGGCUCUAUCUCAACUACUACGCAGCCCAGUUCUGCAAAGACCUCGUGACCUACGACUCGCCCCGUCGCGGCGCCAACCCCUUCCGCGACCUGAUCCCCAUAUCGCAGCGGUACCCCUUCCUGCGGGAGAUCAUCGUCGCGGCGUCCGCGCUGCACUUCUUCACCGGCGUCCGCUGCUCCCAGCAGCCCGGUGCGAUCAACAAUAUCCUCGUCGACGCCCUGCGCGCGCGUCACCAUGCCAUCAAGUCGCUGCAGCGCGUGAUGCGAGAGCAGCAGCAGCGGGGCCCGCUCUGGGACAGCGAGACGGAAAGAGACGCCCUGCUUGCCGCUGUUCUUUUCUUUGUCAAUUUCUCGCUGAUCGACUCUGGUAAAGACGACUGGCGCGCGCACAUGAAGUUCGUGGGGAAGCUGCUCGGCAUGCGGAUAGCGGGUUCGGGUUCGAGUUCUUCUUCCUCCUCUUCCUCUUCCUCUUCCCCUUCUUCCUCGCCGCAGCAAGACACUUCGCUGGCAACGGAGUUGGAUUCGCGAUUCGAUACCCCCCCAGCUUCCCCUUCCCCCUCCCCUUACUCUGACGCUGCUGAACCAUCGGGAGCUGUUUCCGGGGUUUCUCCAUAUCCUUCUUCCUCCUUAUCCAUAUCCGUCUGCGACUACGUCGUCUCCGACUCCAUGGCCUACUACGUCUGGCACCACGCGCUCGACUCCCUCGUCUCAUCCGGCACCACCCCCUCCCUUCCCUCCCUCCCCUCCCCCUUCUUCCCCACCCCCACCCCCGACACCGACGCCGACUCCUCCAAAAUCCUGCACAUCCUCCUGCGCACCGAAGCGAACAGCUACCACAGCUGCCCCGCGCACCUCCUGCACGCCAUCUUCCGCACCUCCCAACUAGCGCGCGACAUCCGCGGGAACAGCAACAGCGGGGUCCUCGACGACGCGCAGAUGCGGCGGUGCGUCAGCCUGCUGCAGGAGACGCGCGCGUUCGACAGCGGGCGCUGGGCGGAGGAGGCGUGCGCGAAGGUCGCGCUGGUCGUCGGCGAGGUCGACGGCGCGGCGCUCGAGCUAGAGUACAGAAGGCACAUUGCGGCGACGUUCCGCGCGGCCGCCGCGCUGUACAUACUGCUCGCGGCGCCGGGGGCGAGGGGGCAGGCGCUGCGGCAGCACCAAUCCCAAUCCCAACCUCGUGCAGAUACAGAUGUGCCUGCACCGCUAAGUCUAAGCGGGGAACAGCUCACCUUCCUCGCGGCCCUCCCGUCCACCCCCGACCUCGCGAGCACGAUCCUGCACCACAUGUCGUUCAUCCCGCCCCACAGCCCGCUGUUCAAGUUCGCGACGUGGCCGACGUUUCUCACGGGGGUGGAGACGGCGGACCCGGCGCGCAGGAAGUGGGUGCUUGAUCGCCUGAGGGGGAUGCGGGAUAUUUGUCCGUGGGGCAUGCUUACGUCUACGAUUGAGACGCUUGUGCAGAUCUGGAGGAUGAGGGAUGGGGUUGGUGUGACGGGAGGGGGAGGGGAGGUAGGUGGUGAUGGAGAGGAAGGAGUUGGCUUGGCAGGGGGGGAAGUGGUGAGGCCGGGAGACGCGGAUACGAAUUGGUUGAUACUGCUGCAGGGGUUUAAGAUUGAUUGCUUGAUUGUGUGAGGUUAGGAGAGGGUUUUCAUGGCGUUAGGGGCACUGGGUCUGGGUCAAUUAGAUGUCGUGUAUGCUAUUUUGUCACUUGUCUCUGCUUAGAUAUUAGAUGGGUAUCUAGGUAUUGGCCAUGCUUUGACCAUCAGUGUUUGAACAAUUGAAGCUAUCAAUGCCCACUCUACUAGGCCGAGUAACCACAGCUUACCAUCGUCGUCCAGGUAAAUCUACUCGCAAAACCACAUCGCCAAGAUCAUUGUCCCAAAACACACGCUAUCCUAACCUCAAAAGUCAGCAACACAGUCAUACCCAAAGAGCACAUAGAGAUAGAUACGGCGUGGGGGGGCUUUUACCUCCUUACCCCCUCCCUCACGGCAUACUCCCUGAGACUAAAUAUAAGCCGGAAUCUACCCGGAUUGGCAGCUGAGUAUGCUUCUCCCGUCGCCAUGAUGACCCCCGCGGCAGUAAAGCGCUUGGAUAGCAAUCUUUCAGCUGCCCAUGCAUCCCCGUUGGUUUCAUCCAGGGGUAAGUAAGGUGCCAGGUCGAGCCAGAGGAAGAAGCCUGCGUUGCUG